AUGAAUAAUACCGCUAACAAUGAUCGUCCGGCCACAGGCCGUAGAAUAAUUACUACAGAAUUCAAAUAUACUGAAGAGUUUCUAUUGAAGGAUAAUUCGAUUUUACCAAGAAAUUCUAGUUUUACUAUGAAAAAAACGGUCCGGGAUACAAGUGACAAAAAACCCACGUCCCAGGAAUUAGAAAUAAUGAAUAUAUUCACAUCGCACGAAUGGUCGAAUAAAUCCGUAAAAAGACCAAAUAUAGUUAACAUUGCAACCAAUCAAUCGGCAUCGUCGGAUAAAAUAGAAUCCUCGGUGAUUAACGAUCAAGAAAAAUAUUCCAUGGGUGAAAAUAAAAACAAAACGAACGCAGGAGACUCACACCAUAAAACGUUACAAUCCGUUUCGAAAGAUGAACAAGAUACAGAGAACAAUACUACAGAAAACGCUGAAAAAUCUGAAGAAGAAAAAGAUUUCAAGAACGGUGCAACAGAAAACUCCUUUGAUGAAAUAGUAAACGAACAAGAGUUUCGACAAACUGUUGGACCACCAUUUAUAUACAAUAAUUAUGAAGAUAUGAGUUUUGAAGAUUUACUAGAUCUACGGACAUUGACGAAAAAUACUGUGAUUAUUGACCAGUUACGACUCUUUGAUGAAAAUGCCAUUGAAGAAACUAACGAGAAUAUACACGAAACUGUUGAAAACAGUUGUGAGAUUCGCAAAUUUAAACGCAAACGAAAUUAAUGAACUAAAUUAAAUUUUUUUUUCAGAUUUUUCAGAAGCAUUUGAAUCGUCGUCUGGGCGGUUGUCGUUGAACACGUCAGAAAUGGCACGAAUAAUACGUCAAAAAAAAUCACGUAAAUUUCCAUUCUUGUACAUCGACGAUGUUAACGAAUGUUUUUCAUACUUUAUAGUUUUGAUUGUUUUUUUUUUUUUUUUAUAUAUAUAUAUAGAUGACCAAAUAUCUAAAAAAAAAAUAAGCGACGAUAAGUUAGCACUCGACGAGGGCUUGCGACUUAUACAUGAAGAAACCAUACAAUCACUGGGGCAAUUUCUACUCGACGGCUUAUUCUAUGUUUCUAAAACAUGUCGUCACGACCCCUUCCGGUGUUUGAGUCAAUGGCUGUUAAUUCAAGCCGAUUUAAGAGACCAAAAAUAA